ACCCAGAGGCCAAGACCCCACAGCCCUCCAGUCUCCAGGGGCCAAACUUCGAAGACAUCAUGGCCACGAGGUCAUCCGACUGGCUCCAGCAGACCCCCGGAGUGGACGACGACGCAGUCCACCAGCUGGACAUGCGGCCGUCCUGGGACUCAGAGCCCCGGUUUUGGCAGGAUGUUCUGACAGAGCAGCUCUGGCAGAUGUUUGCUGGGACCCAGGAUCAGGAGGAGCACCCCAGACGCAGGACAACAGAGCAGGCGCCAGGCCAGGAGCUUGCCGUAAAAACCUCUCAAUUUCUGAAGCCCAUAUGCUGGGGCCCUGAGAACUUUGAAAACACGUGGAAAAGGCCUGAUGCGUUGCCCUGGCAGUCCAAGAAGCUGGCCGUGCCACGCAGAGUGGAGAAGAUACGGAGGCUAGAACAUGGGGAGCCCGUGCUGGCCACGGCCGUCAGCAGCUUCACGCGGCACGCCUUCACCUGUGGCAGGGGCGGCGUCAAGGUGUGGAGCCUGGUCAGCCAGGUGGUGGAGGCCAGGUUUCCGGAGAGCUACCUGCGUGUACAGACCCAGGGGGCCUACCUGCGCACCUGCUUGCUGUUCUCAAACAGCACGGCCCUGCUGACGGGCGGCCACAACCUGACCAGCGUGAGCCUGUGGGACCUGACGGCACCUUCCCUGUACGUGAGAGUGGAGCUGCCCUGCGCGGGCCUCACCUGCCAGGCCCUGGCCGCCAGCCCUGAGGACAACCUGGCCUUUGCCGGCUUCACUGAUGGCAGCGUCAGGAUCUGGGACCUGCGGAACCAGAGCGUGGUCAGGGACCUGCCGGGUCACCUGAACGGUGCCAAGAGCAUUGCUGUCAAAGACCAGCACAUCUGGACGGGGGGUCUGGACGCCUGCCUGCGGUGCUGGGACCUGAGGACCACCGGGGAGCCCCAGGAAUACCAGUUCGAGUCUCAGAUAAUGAGCCUGUCCCCCAGCCCCUGGGAGGACUGGGUGCUGGUGGGCACAGCCAACGGCCAGCAGUGGCUGCAGCCCAGCCUCGGGGGCCAGAAGCACAUGGUGGGGUGUAAGGACGGCACCAUCCUCGGUCUCAAGUUCUCCCCGCUGGGCCAGUGGUGGGUGAGCGUGGGGACGGACAGCCUGGUCAGCAUCUUCAGCAUGCCCAUGGGGACCACGGUGGUCCAGGUACCCGAGACGUCCUCCAUCAUGUGCUGCGACGUGUCCCCCAGCAACCACCUGAUCGUCACGGGGUCCAGGGACCACGCCUCAGUGUACCAGAUCACGUACUGAGGGCUCGCCAGGGUGGGUGGGGUGAGCACAACUGGACCUAUG